CAUCUACUCGGCGAUUUCCGUCGAAACAGCCGGCCGUGUCACUCAACACCUUUCCCAUAGAAACAUAAUUUUCUCUCAGCGUAGCUAUCAAUUUGCCACCAAAUAUGGCAACAUCGUAGAAAUGAACUUUUCUGUUUGAUCAUAUCAACUUGCCCUCUCUUCCAAACAACGUGCUUUGGAGUGAAAAUCCUCUUAAUAAUCAGUCAUGGAUGAUGAUGACAGUCCAGAAGAGCUGAUAAGGCGCAGCGUCCACAAAAAAAGAGAUGUGCCGUGGGACAUUUCAGAUUCGGAUGAUGACAUUGAUGGGUCUGAAGAGGGAGAAUCAGAGAGCAGCAAUGAAGAUGAUGUUGACGACAAUGGUUUAGAGGGAGAGGAGGGAGAAGACAAUGAAGUGGAGGAUGACGAGGAUGAAGAAGAAGACGCUAAGGCGGAGGAUGGAGUUUUAGGCGAGACCUCUGCAACCAUUCCAGCCAUGAGCUCAGACGAGGAUGCGGAUAAAUGUCCCAUCUGCUUGAACACCUUCAGCAAUCAACCUGUGGCCACACCAGAGAACUGUGAGCACUACUUUUGCCUCGACUGCAUCCUUGCUUGGUCUAAGAAUGCAAACUCAUGCCCUGUGGACCGUAUUACAUUCAACAGCAUAUACCUACGGAUAUCUUAUGGAGGCAAAGUGCAGAAAAUGAUUACAGUACAAAAACCAGUGAAGAAAGUUGAUGAGGUGACGGUGGAUUUGGACUUGGAGCAGACAAACUGUGAAGUGUGUCAGGGCAGUGAUCGCGAGGACCGACUUCUGCUCUGCGAUGGCUGUGACGCUGGCUACCACAUGGAAUGUCUGACACCACCCCUGGACACUGUUCCUGUUGAGGAAUGGUUCUGUCCUGAAUGCGUUGCUAAUAACAACAACUCAGGAUCAGUAGAAGAACAGAAUCAAACCCAAAGGCGCCCCUCUACUGGCCAGCCGACUACCAGUCGUUCCCAGUCUCGAGCUGUGGGUCCAAUACGAGCCAUCGCUCGCACUCAGCACAGUGAGCGGGUUCGGGCCAAUGUGAAUCGACAUCGUAUCUCACAGGCACGCACAUCGCAGCUUGCUCAAACAUACCAGAACCACUCUAAUUGGCUGGAUGAGACCAUCAGUGCAGUGGUUGCUGGGCUGAACACAGCAAUAUAUGUAAGGGACCUCACACCUCAUCCUCCAACUAGACGCAGGCGUAAGACUGGAAUUCGCAGAAAGACCACAAAAAAGGUGCUCUCUAACAAGGGUAAAAAAGGCCGUUCAACAAAACCGAGGAAGAAACGUAAAUGGAGGAAGACUAAAUCCAAAAGGACAAUGGUGGGAAAAAAGGUAGCGACUCCUCAGAGCCGCAUCGCCAAUAGUCUCGGACUAUCAAAGGACAAGAACAACUGUUCACUUCCUACAAUAUGUCGACCCUCAGAGCAUACACUAAGCAGCAUGCGAGUCGACAUAGGGGCUGCAUCCCUUUCAAUCUAUGGGGAUCCUUUCGACCUGGAUCCAUUUGCUGAUCGUGAUGAGGCUGAGCAAGAAGAAACUGUUUCAUCCUUGCUGGAGGCAAAGAGAAGAGGAAUCUCUCACUCUGCUUUUCGCUCUCACCAGCCUGUUGCCCGACCUGUCGGUAUGGGUAUGUCAAGGCGGGGUAUGGAUACUCCCCAAACUGGAGUUGUUGUGGAGGCAGCGCCGGUGCCCGAUCUGCUGGGGAGCAUCCUUUCAGGCCAAAGCCUGCUCUUAAUGGACAGCUCUGGUGUCGUCAUUACUCGGGAUGGUUCUCUUAAAGCCUCACAAUCAGCCAGUUUGUCAACGCUGGAGCCAGGUUCAGAAAAGCGCAAUAGCUCAGAGGAAUCCAGUGGUCUCCCCCAGCCAGUGAUUUCAGCCAGCCUAGCAGAAAGUUCUUCAUCCAGUUAUGACAACAGACAUCUACCAGGAGCCUCCCACAGCAACUUGAACAGACCUCUCUCUCAGUGUUCUUCGUCAGCACCUUCAGAUGUCAACAAUAGCCAGCCCCCUCACUUUCCUGAUUUGUCAUCGAGAGGCCAUUUGUGUUUACAGCCGCCUCUUAAAAAACGACCCUCACCAUCGUUUGGUGUCCAGAGAACCAAUGGGUCCUCCAUGUGCGGCGCCCUCACUUCAUGUCGGGACUCAAACCUGAGCUCUUAUAGCAAAACAACACUUCAAUCACAAUGUCAUCCUAAUAAAGCACCUACAAAGCCCAUGUGGGUAGAUGUGGACAACGUCCCAAGGAUACCAAAAAUAAAACGAGAUGCCACAAAUUAUGGCAAUAGUGGCACUAAUAAAAGCAAUAGUAAUUCUUCCUCCAGUAUUAAUAAUUCUGGCAUGCCCGAGACUGCCGUGGUCAGCUUUGCCGGGGACAAAAACAGACAAAAACAUGUUGGCCAACAAAGCAACACUGACCGCCAGCCUCCAAAUCAAGGAGCUGGCUCCUCUCAAGCCUUCUCCAACUCAUUCUCUAUUUGCUCCUCCAGUGUCUCUCCUUCUGCAUCACUAUCCAAUUCCUCUGCAUCAUCCUCAACUUCUUCAUCCAUAAGCUUCCGCAUUAACGCCAGCGGGAACUCGUUGCAUUCGCGACGUCUGGUCCUCCCAUCAUUUUCUGCUAGUGAAGGUGAAAGCAGAGAGAAGAUGGAUGAGGCAAGGAAGAGACAAGAGCACAGAGAUCAACAGAAAAUGUUGGCAUCACGCACAGCUGCCGCUAACAAAAAAGACAUGAAUGUCUACGACCCCUCGAACCCAACUAUAUCAGACUCAAGCAGUUCUGACAGUGACAGUGAAAGUGAGAGCUUAGACAGAAACAAUUGUCGGUUCAAUUCACUUCCCAGGUCAGCGUUCACCUAUGACGUAGCACAAAGUAAGCAGAAGCUGCUUCAAACAAAAAACAAAAGACCCGAGAGUGAAGUUGCACAAGAAGAACCGAGAAGUGCUCAUUUGCAAACUCCCUCACGGUUGGGCAGUUGCACUUCAAGAGUUGUCAAAGUUGAAAAGGACUCAAUAUUGGUGGACAUAAAAAUGGACAACCGAACCCCAUUUGGUGGCUUCAAGAGGCAGGCAGGACUUGCUGAUUCAGGAAUAGACAACAUGUUUGGACACGGUGUGAAAAGUUGUUCUGGUUCAAAGACAACAGUCACGUUUUCACCUGUUCAACACAGCUUGGACCACUUGAAGACAGAGGAGGAAAGUGGACGUCAUGCUAUUAGUUCCAAAAAUGCCAUUGACAGAAAGAUUGAUUCUUCGGGCUCUGGAUCAUCUUAUAUCAAGAUAAGACUAAAGCAAGAAAAAUCUGAUUCCAGGUCUCCUCCAAAGGAUUUGAGUCAUGAAAAGAAAACAUCCACCCAAGUGGUUCCAUCUAAACAACACACUACUUCACGCAUCUCACAAUCUGACAGAGACAAGACUAAGGACCAUCUUGUCUCAAAGCAGGAAGACCAGCAGAAGAAAACGGACAAAGACAGAGACAGGCGGUCAAGGUCGCGAGACAGAAGAACACAUUCAUCGUCGGGAAGCUCUCUGUCCAGUUCUCCCAAGCGCUCUCGUAAAAACAAGAGACGACAUAGAUCAAGGUCUAGCUCCACAUCAAGCAGCAGAGAGCGUUCAAGGAGAAAAAGACAUGAAGAAAGCAGCCAGGAAAGAAGUGAUGACAGCAGAAGUGGCCCUGAGACAAGUAGGGUGUCAAAGAAUAGGACACGUCGCUGUUCUCGGUCCAGAUCACGAUCCAGAGGUAAAGCCAAGGCCCAGAAACAUGGACGCUCCCGCUCUAAAUCCCCAUCGAAAUCAUCAUACAAGUCCAGAUCCAAAGAACGAUGGAAAGAGCGCACACACUCGCGUAAUGAAGACGCGAAGGCACGACCAAAAUACAAAAGGAGAUCCCGGUCCAGAUCGAGCUCAAGAGAGAAAAGCAAGGAGGGUGGUUCAUCUAAAAGCUUUAGAAAAGCUUCAGUGACUGGUUUUCCACUCUCAAAAUAUAACAAGGACACUCAAAAUGAAAACAGAGUCUCACUAAGUUCUGUAAAAGAUGAAAAAAAUCCAGAAGUCAAAAAAGAUUUGCCCGAUUCUCCCUUUGUUCCAAAAAUUAAAAAGGAAAAUGACAGUGCGGACACCACGGCCAUAUCUGUAGAAAGUAAGAAAGAAGUGCAAAUCUUUAAGAAGGUAAAGAAAAAUGAGCAACCAUCUUUAGAUAUGUUUGAAAGUGCUCCCACCCCCCAACACACCGAGAAAGAAGAUGCACCUUCAUCCAUCCAAGGAAUAAAAAAAGAGUCCAUCGAGAUUCAAGUGUCUGAAACAAUCACGACGGAAAAAACUGCUGAAAUCACUCCGAUUAAAGCGGAGUCAGUGUCCUCAAAAUUGCCAGUUACCUCGGCUCACACCUCAGGCGGUCACCAGGAGGCACCCAAACACUUACAGCCCGACGUGAAGGCCCCAGUGGACCAGGCAAACGCAAUUGAGUUGAACGUCCCAACGAAGCACAUCUCAGAAUACGACGAGGACAUCUCUGUGGAUAUGUUGCUUGACAUUCUGGACUGUGUGAAGCAAGAGCACACUGUGGACAAUGGUGCCAAUAUCAAUCAGCAAAAUAUCAGACAAGAAGGUAACACUGAGGCACAACAGCUGCUGACGGCAUCUAGAAUGAAGAUUCAAAGCAAAAGGGUGACGUGGAAUGUACAAGAUACCGAUGGAGCCCAACCAGACAAAAAUGCUGACAAGCUGGCUUUGUUUAAAGAAAAGCGGAAGCAGGAGGCAGCUCAUAAACCCUCACCUAUUAACAUUAGCCAGGCCACAAGUGGACCUGCUUCAGUCGGUGAUUCGGCCAAGGGAGAUGACGGUACUCUGCCAAGUGGCAGCGGCUGUCAGGAGUAUUUGAAGAAGCUUCACAUGCAGGAGCGAGCCGUUGAAGAGGUGAAACUGGCCAUCAAACCCUUCUACCAGAAGAGGGACAUCAGCAAAGAGGAAUAUAAGGACAUUCUACGCAAAGCUGUGCGGAAGGUUUGCCACAGCAAGAGUGGGGAAAUUAACCCGGUGAAAGUCGGCAAUCUGGUAAAGGCUUAUGUGGACAAAUACAAGCACGCUCGGAAACACCAGAAAACUGAGACUAAGCCCAAGAAGACGUCUGCCUGACGGCCACUGAUCGAAAUCCCAUCAACACUCAUGCACAGUUUUUGCAGGAGAGAAAUUUGCAAUAUUGUAUUUCUUUUCUUCAUCACGUUGGACAAGCAUGGAUUUUGAUCUUUUGCAGGGUCAAAACCUUUUCUUUUUGUGCACAGCCACAGUUGUGCUGUUAAGAGAUUGUUCUCUAAGUACUUCCAUUCUCGGCAGGCGUAACGUUUUGUCAAUAGAAUAUUCAUCAGUGGCCAAAACUCCUGUUUUGGUUCAAAGGCAGUUUUUUUGCAGUUAUUUAAAUGUAUCAUUAAGGAAAGUCACUGUUAUUGAAUAUUUGGCAAAAAUGUCAAUAGUCUUAUUCGGAAAUUUCAAUAUUGUAAAUAUUUUUGAUUUCAUUAGUACCACUUAACUGUUUAUUUCAGUAAUUUCUGCCUGUUUCUGUCGUCUCAAUUUAAUAAAUGGAGCAAGAUUUUGUUAA